UUCUCCAGCCCCUCCAAAAUGGCGAGCGUGGACAUCAGGGAAGGCCGGGAAGAGCCAGAGAGUGAAGAGGAGGUGUACGAGGUGGUGGAUCUGACAGAAUAUGCUCGGCGGCAUCAGUGGUGGAGCCGGGUAUUUGGUAACAACUCGGGCCCAAUAGCCGAGAAGUACUCCGUGGCAACCCAGCUCAUGAUGGGAGGGCUCACUGGAUGGUGUGCCGGUUAUGUCUUCCAGAGAGUUGGGAAGGUAGCGGCCACUGCUGUUGGUGGAGGGUUCCUCCUUUUACAGAUUGCCAAUCACAGUGGAUACGUGCAGGUGGACUGGAAGAAGGUGGAGAAGGAUGUCAACAAAGCAAAGAAACACCUAAAGCAGAAAGCAAACAAAGCAGCCCCUGAGCUAAACACAUGCAUUGAGGAGGCCACAGAUUUUGUAAAGAGAAACAUCGUCUUGUCCAGUGGCUUUGUUGGAGGAUUUUUCCUGGGUUUGGCCUCCUAAAAGACGCUGCCCUCACUAUGCUUUCAAACACUGAAUGGACUACUUUUGUCUCCAUUAUUUAUAUUUCUGCCACCUUGUGAAUUGAUCAGGUGGGUCAUUUUGACCAUUGGAUCGUGAUCUGUGAUCUGUGUCAAGUUAUAUAGCGGCUGAAAUAGGUAUUUAACUUCACCAUUUUUCCUCACUAAAUUUACUUCCGAAGGUGCUAUCGACCUGAACAUUUCACCAGAUGUUUGGAACAACCCAAGUAAUCCAUACAUACAAAGAAAGUAGAACAAAUAAGAUCAGAAAUUAAGUUAUGUGUAAAAAUGUGAAAUGACACAGGGAAAAAGUAUUGAACACAUGACAUAAGGGAGGUGCUAAAAGGCAUGGAAAGCCAAGACAACACCUAAAAUCUAUCAAUCAAACAGCAAGCCAGCCCCUUGUCAGUACAAAUUACUAUCUGGUUCAGUCCUAAUUGAUGGCCUACAAAAAGGUCUCAUUGCCAAGGUGUGAGUUAAGACACAUCUGAUGGGUAAGAGAAGAGAGCUGUCUGAAGACCAUCGCAAAGUAAUUGCUGCAAAACAUAACGAUGGAAUUGUUUACAGGUGCAUAUCUAAGCUUCUGAAUGUUCCAGUUAGCACGGUUGGGGCCAUAUAACGUAAGUGGGAAGCCAAUCAUACCACCAUAAAUUUGCCUCGAUCAGAUGCUCUUCGUAAGAUUUCUGACAGAUGAGUGCAAAGAAUAAUCAGAAGAGUUGUCCAAGAGCCAUAGACCACCUGUAGAGCUUCAAAAAGAUGAGAGAAAGGAAAGGAAAAGAAGAAAGGUACUGUUGUCACAAGGAAAACUGUAACCGACUCUGCCGCCAUGGCCUGUAUGCACGCUCUCCAUGUAACACCCCAUUGCUGAAAAGAAAGCAUGUGCAAGCUUGUUUAAAGUUUUCUGAACAACAUUUGGACAAGCCAGUUAAAUACUGGGAGAAUAGUCUAGUCAGAUGAGAGCAAAAUUGAACUGUUGGGUGCCAUAAUACACACCACGCUUGGAGGAGAAAUGUCACUGGACAUCAUAAAAACACCAUACCAACAGUGAAUUUCAGAGGUGGGAACAUAAUGGUGUGGGGCUGCUUUUCAGCAAAUGGUACUGGUAAACGUCACGUGAUUGAAGGAAGGAUGAAUGGGCAAAUGUACCGAGACAUUCUUGACAGAAAUCUGUUCACAUGGAUGAGGAUGAUGAAAAUGAAACAAGGAUAAUGAUCCAAAAUAAGUCAAUUGGUUUCAAAGAAGCCAUUCACCUCACUUAAAUCCAAUGCAAAAUAUAUGGAAAGAACUGAAACUCAAGGUCCAUAAAAGAAGCCCAAAGAACCUUCAAGAUUUGAAGACUGCUUAUGUGGAGGAAUGGGCCAAAAUCACACCAGAGCAAUGCAUGCGACUGGUUUCUCCAUACAGGAGGCGUGACUUGAAGCCGUCUUUGCAAUAAAAGGCUUUUGUACAAAGUAUUAAAUACCAGUUGUCGUGGUCAAUACUUUUUACCUGUGUCCAUCCAUCCAUCCAUCCAUUUUCUUCUGCUUAUCCGAGGUCGGGUCACGGGAGCAGUAGCUUUAGCAGGGAAACCCAGAUUUCCCUUUUCCCAGCCACUUCCUCCAGCAUUUCUGAGGGGAUCCCGAGGCGUUCCCAGGCAAGCCGAGAGACGUAGUCUCUCCAGCGUGUCCUGGGUCGUCCCCGAGGUCUCCUCCCGGUGGGACAUGCCCGGAACACCUCACCAGGGAGGCGUCCGGGAGGCAUCCUAAACUCAUGCCCGAGCCACCUCAUCUGGCUUCUCUCAAUGCGGAGGAGCAACGGCUCUACUCUGAGCCCCUCCCAGAUGACCAAGCUUCUCACCCUAUCUCUAAGGGAGAGUCGGGCACCUUGCGGAGGUAACACAUUUUGGCCGCUUGUAUCCGGGAUCUUGUUCUUUCGGUCACGACCCAGAGCUCAUGACCAUAGGUGAGGAUAGGAACGUAAAUCGAGAGCUUCGCCUUUCGGCUUCGCUCCUUCACCACAACGGACCGAUACAAAGUCCGCAUCACUGCAGACGCUGCACCGAUCCGCCUGUCGAUCUCCCGUUCUAUUCUUCCCUCACUCGUGAACAAAAACCCAAAAUAUUUGAACUCUUCCACUUGGGGCAGGACCUCAUCCUCGACCUGGACAGGGCCCUCCACAGUUUUCCAACUGAGGACCAUGGUCUCAAUUUGGAGGUGCCGAUUCUCAUCCCAGCUGCUUCACACUCAAAACGCUCUAGUGAGAGUUGGAGAUCACGACUUAAUGAAGCCAACAGAACCACAUCAUUUGCAAAAAGCAGAAAUGCAACACUGAGGCCACCAAACCGGACCCCCUCUAUGCCUCGGCUGCGCCUAGAAAUUCUGUCCUGUUAUGAACAGAAUCGGUGACAAAGGGCAGCCGUGGCGGAGUCCAACCCUCACCAGAAACGAGUCAGACUUACUGCCGGCAAUGUGGACCAAACUCUGACACUGGUCGUACAGGGACCGGACAGCCUGUAUUAGUGGGUUUGCAACCCCAUACUCACGAAGCACCCCCCACAGGACUCCCCGAGGGACACGGUCGAACGCCUUCUCCAAGUCCACAAAACACAUGUAGACUGGUUGGGCGAACUCCCAUGCACCCUCGAGGACCCUGCCGAGGGUGUAGAGCUGGUCCACUGUUCCACGACCAGGAUGAAAACCACCCUGGUCCUCCUGGAUCUGAGAUUUGACUUACCGACGGACCCUCCCCUCUCCAGCACCCCUGAAUAGACCUUACCAGGGUGUCUGAGGAGUGUUUUCCCCAUGUAGUUGGAACACACCCUCCGGUCCCCCUUUUUAAAAAGGGUGACCACCACCCCAGUCUGCCAAUCCAGAGGCACUGUCCUGAUGUUCACACGAUCUUGCAGAGGCGUGUCAACCACAACAGCCCCACAACAUCCAGAGCCUUUAGGAACCACCUUAACCACCUCGGUGACCUCAACCCCAGAGGUAGGAGAGCCUGCCUCAGAGACCCCAGACUCUGCUUCCUCAUGGGAAGGCGUGUCGGUGGAAUUGAGGAGGUCUUCGAAGUAUUCUCCCCAGACUCACAACGUCCCGAAUAGAGGUCAGCAGUGUCCCAUCCUCACUAUAGACAGUGUUGUGUAAUUUCACAUUACACACAACUUAAUUCCUGAUCUUAUUUGUUCCAUUUUUCUUUGUAUGUGUGGAUUACUUGGGUUGUCCCCAACAUCUGGUGAUAAUUUCUGGUCAAUAGCACGUUUGUAAGUAUAUUUAGUGAGAAAAAUUGUGAUGCGUUAAAUACUUAUUUCACCCGCUGUAUAUUUUCUUUUACGGUUGAAAAUUACCAAACUGAACACUAUUCCUUAGUGGUGUGUGGGUGAGAUGCUGGAUUAUACUUCUCACUUUUGUCUUAAUCCCAAAUAUUUGUAGACUUUUAUGUUAAAAUGUGUGUCUAGCUUCAUUUGCAUGGUAAACACUGACCCUAGCUUGCCAAAUGUUAAUUUACAUUGUACUGUGUACAAUGCAUGAAGUGGAAUCAUUCAUCUCUGUUCUGACUUUCAGUAUGUCCCAUGUGGGGUUGCCACAGCAAGUCACUAUCAUUUUGUUUGGACAGUUUUUACGCCAGAUUUCUUUCCUGACACAACCCACCCAGUGUAUUUCUCAUCCAGGGUAGGUAUUGGGGCACUGGCCAGAAAUCGCAACCAUGCUGCCUGCACGCAUUUACCACUACACUACCAGCGCAAUCACAGCUGUGUUGAAUCUAUUCAUUUGAAACCUUACACAGCGUGCCAAUAGUACAUCUAUUUUAUCUUGUCCUAAACAUCCCAUUACAGCUUAAUGGCAGGAUGAGCAUCUCUGGUUGUCAUAAACAGUCAGACUUAGUAGUGACUGACUUCAUCCAGCAUUUAAACCAGCCAUUGACACAUUAGACACUGAAAUAGGACACCCAUCUGUAAUGUUUUUGUUUUUUUGCCUUAUUCUAUUGCUGUAACAUGUUUCAGGUUAUUGUACUGUUUGGACAUGUGUCUCCAUGUUAAUUUGUGAUCUGCCGCAAUGUUUUUAUUGUAGACCGCUUGACAAAAAAAAAUUGGACUCUUAUUUUAAAUGCAUUAUUUUUCUGAGAUUAAUAAAGUAUAUUAUGCGUUUUAUUGUCUGUAUUAAAGAAUAGUAAAUACUGA